UAUCGAAUACAAACUCUUUCCAUCUACAGCAUACUCUGACGGGUGACGGCUACGUUUCUCAAUCAAUCAAAUCUCACACACUCACUCUGUCUGCGUUCAAUUUCCAAGUCGUCUCUUCUCUGCAAAAAAAGGAGCUGAAUUGUUUGGAUUCGUAAUUUGAUUUUACAUUUGAAACCUAGUUUCUCAAAGGGAACAAGGGGAGAACUUUCUAGUUGGUUUCGUAGCUUCGUUAAAAAUGGCCGAAUCAAAACCUGGAUUGAGGAAACCAAUUUUCACAAAGGUUGAGCAGCUUCGCCCGGGCACUAGUGGGCACACUCUCACUGUGAAGGUCGUUAGUACCAAGAUGGUAUUGCAGAAGGGUCGUGCUGAUGGGCCUCAAGUACGUCAGAUGAGAAUUGCUGAAUGCUUGGUUGGGGAUGAGACUGGAAUGAUUAUCUUUACAGCUAGAAAUGAUCAAGUGGACUUGAUGAAAGAGGGUAGUACUGUAGUUCUGCGCAACGCAAAAAUUGACAUGUUUAAAGGGUCGAUGAGGCUUGCUGUGGACAAGUGGGGUCGGGUUGAAGUUACUGAACCUGCCAGUUUCAGUGUGAAGGAAGAUAACAACCUCUCACUGAUUGAAUAUGAACUUGUGAAUGUUGUAGAAGAGUGACUUACUGGACAGUGUUCACUUACUACCUCGUGACCGAAGAAUAAAUAAAACCAGCAUAUCAUAGUACUGUUGUCUAUGUGGCAUCUCAUGUCCAAAAUGCUUUACUUUUAGGAAGAAGAAAUCUGGAAGCUAGUAUUACCCAAGUUGCUUUCUACCUUUGCAGCAGAUCCAGUGGAACCUUUUGGUUGGAUCUCCAAACAGAUGGUGAUGGCUGUAAGUUGAUGAGUUAAGCAGCUGCCUUUUGGAACUGGCUUUGGUUUGUUUACGCCCUAUUUAUUUUUGGAAGAUAGACUCAGUUUCGCUAUUACAUCAUACUUGAAAAGAUUUCUUAUCAUGAAAUGUAUGUUUCUAUACUUUGUAUAACUAAGUGUGGUCUGGGCCUGCUUAAGUUUUCUAUUUUAUGGGUCUCCUUAUCUCUCCAUU